AUGGCAUCAUCUUCACAGUACUGUCCUCGAUGGAAGUACGAUGUCUUCCUAAGUUUUAGAGGUGAAGAUACUCGAAAAACAUUUACGAGUCACUUGUACGAAGGUUUGAGUAAUAGGGGAAUAUUUACCUUUCAAGAUGAUAAAAGGCUAGAGCAUGGUGAUUUGAUCCCACAAGAACUCUUGAAAGCUAUCAUAGAGUCUCAAGUUGCUCUUGUUGUUUUCUCAAAGAAUUAUGCUACAUCGCGGUGGUGCUUGAAUGAAAUAGAGAAGAUCAUGGAAUGCAAGAGCGAAAAUGGACAAAUGGUCAUACCGGUCUUCUAUGAUGUGGAUCCAUCACACGUUCGAAACCAGACCGAGAGCUUUGCAGAAGCAUUUGCCGAACACGAAAUAAAGUAUAAGGAUGAUGUUGAGGGGAUGCAGAAGGUGCAAGGAUGGAGGACUGUCCUAACUGCUGCUGCAAAUCUAAAAGGAUACGAUAUCCGAUUGAUUGUCAAUUACAUCUCUUCUAAAUUAUGCAAGAUUGCUUAUUCUUCAUCUUCUUUGCAAGAUAUUGUGGGAAUAAAUGCUCAUUUAGAGAAAGUUAAGUCCCUACUUAAGAUAGAAAUAGAUGAUGUUCGGAUGGUAGGGAUAUGGGGAAUAGGCGGAGUCGGUAAAACAACGAUAGCAAAAGCCAUCUUUGAUACUCUAUCUUAUCAAUUUGAAGCUGCUUGUUUUCUUGAGGAUGUUAAAGAAAAUGCAACAAAGAGUCACCUGCAUUCUUUACAAAAUACCCUUCUAUCUGAGCUGUUAAGACAAAAAUAUGAUUAUGCCAAUAAUAAGUACGACGGGAAGGGACAGAUUUCGUACAGGCUUUUGUCAAAGAAGGUGCUAAUUGUUCUUGAUGACAUAGAUCAUAGUGAUCAUUUGGAGUAUUUAGCAGGUGAUCUUGGUUGGUUUGGUAAUGGCAGCAGAGUUGUUGUAACAACUAGAAAUAGACACUUGAUAGAGAAGGAUGAUGCAAUAUACGAAGUUCCUACACUACCUGAUCAUGAAUCUAUGGAAUUGUUCAAUCAGCAUGCUUUCAAAAAAGAAGUUCCGGAUGAGCGUUUUAAGAACUUCUCGUUAGAGGUAGUGAAUCAUGCUAAAGGUCUUCCUUUAGCCCUCAAGGUAUGGGGUUCUUUAUUGCAUAAGAAAAACCUGACUCAGUGGAGAAGCACUGUAGACCAAAUAAAGAAAAACUCUAGUUCAGAAAUUGUUAAAAAGCUCAAGAUAAGUUAUGACGGGUUGGAGCCCGAAGAGCAAAAGAUAUUUCUAGUUAUGGCAUGUUUCUUCCGAGGAGAUGAAAAAAAAGUAGUCAUUGAAAUCCUUGAAAGUUGUGAUUUUGGAGCUGAAUACGGAUUGGAUGUCCUGAUUGACAAAUCUCUUGUGUUCAUUUCCAAAAAUGAUAGGAUUGAAAUGCAUGACUUAAUUCAAGAUAUGGGCAGAUAUGUGGUGAAAAUGCAAAAAGAUUCGGGAAAACAGAGCAGACUUUGGGAUGCUGAAGAUUUCGAAGAGGUGAUGGUCAAUAAUACAGGGACAAAAUCUAUGGAAGCAAUCUGGUUACAACAUAUUCAAAAGCUACGCCUUAGCAAAAAAGCCAUGAAAAAAAUGAUAAGGCUAAGAAUAUUAUACAUCGGUCAUUUUGCACCUGACCAACAGCUCGUGUUAGCAAAUGAUGACUCCAUUGAGUACCUGCCCAACAGCUUGUGUUGGUUUGAUUGGCAUGGAUAUCCUUGGGAAUCAUUGCCAGAAAAUUUUGAACCUAAAGGACUUGUUCAUCUUGAUCUCCAGUACAGUUUUUUGCAUCAUUUAUGGAUUGGAACAAAGCAUUUGCCGUUUCUACGAAAGCUAAAUCUCAGCUUUUCUGGAAGCCUGAUGCGAACACCAGAUUUCACGGGGAUGCCAAAUUUGGAGUAUUUGAAUCUGGUGGAAUGUACGAGUCUUGAAGAGGUUCACCAUUCCCUGGGAUGUUGCAGUAAACUCAUUGAGUUAGAUUUGGAUGGUUGUAAAAGCCUUAAGAAGUUUCCAUGUGUUUAUGUGGAGUCGCUUGAAUCUCUGUACCUAUAUGGUUGCUCUAGUUUAGCGAAAUUUCCAGAAAUCCUCGGAAGAAUGAAGCCGGGGUUAGAAAUUAAGGUGGAGCGUUCUGGGAUAAGGGAACUACCAUCAUCUAUUCAGUACCUAACUCAUAUUACCAAGCUAGAUUUGAGUUCUCUGGAAAACCUUGUAGCUCUUCCGAGCAGCAUUUGUAAGUUGAAAGGUUUGAUGGAGCUAAAUGUGUCAUACUGCUUAAAACUUGAAAGCUUGCCAGAAGAGAUAGGUGAUUUAGAAAACUUGAAGGAUCUUCGUGCCACAUCCACUCUAAUUUCACGACCUCCGUCUUCCAUUGUCCGCUUGAACAAGCUUAAAUUCUUGACUUUUGAAAAAGAAGACACAGAAUUAGGCCUCAAAGAUGGAGUUUUCUUUGUGUUCCCUCAGGUGAAUGAAGGAUUAAGCUUAUUGGAUUUUCUGCGUCUCGAUUACUGCAAUCUAAUUGAUGGAGGACUUCCGGAAGACAUUGGAUGCUUAUCCUCUUUGAAAAUGUUGAAUCUCAGUGGAAAUAACUUUAAACAUUUGCCUCGAAGCAUAGCCCAACUUGGUGCUCUUCAAUCCUUGGACUUAUCAUAUUGCAAGAGGCUUAAAGAGUUGCCAGAUUUUAUGGAGAUUUGGAAUUUGAAGACUUUGAAUUUGUCAUAUUGUAAAAAUCUUGAAGAGGUUCAUCAUUCCGUAAGAUUUCUCAAAAACCUCCAUACAUUAAUAUUGACUAAUUGUAUACAAAACACGAUAGUGGAGUCGGAGAUUUACAUGCUAGAAAAUGUGAUGAGGGAACUGGAAUUUCCACUUUCCUUUUCUCAGGAAAUCGAUUCCUUGUCACAAAGAGUGUUUAGCAUUGUGCUUGGUGGGAAUGAGAUUUCCUUGCAGCAAAUCCCAAGUUGGUUCCACCAUCGGGGAAUGGAUAAAAGUGUAUCAGUCAAUUUGCCUGAAAAUUGGUACGUACCUGAUAACUUCUUGGGAUUCGCUGUAUGUUACUCUGGCCACCUAGAUGGUUACACAACAGCUCACUUGAUUCCCUUAUGUGAUGAUGAUGGGAUGUCAUGGGAACUAGAUUUUUUCUACCUUUCAAAAGGUAGAGAUAGAUCUACUGCUAUUCAUUUAUUCUUGUUACCUCUCGCUAGCUUAUGGGAUACAUCUAAGGCAAAUGGAAAAACACCAAAUGACUAUGGGCUUAUAAGGUUAUGUUUUAAUAGUAAAAUCAAGUAUGGAUUUCGUCUGUUGUAUAAAGAUGACAUAGAACUUGAGGCCUUGAAUUGGGACAAGGAUGAAAAUAAUGAUGAUCAACCAACAGAACAUAGCAUUGGGACCUAUGUUGCUCGGACUCUUCAAAAUUGUUGCCUCACCCGUCGACUUUUUUGAUGAGUCCAACAAACAUAGAUUGGG